AUGGCCACCCGGCGACAGCACACUAAAUCCCGCCUAGGCUGUCUCCGAUGCAGAGACAAGCACCUCAAAUGCGACGAAGUCCGCCCAACCUGCGGGGCCUGUGCCAAAUACAACCAGCCAUGUAUUUUGAAGCCUUUAAAGGCUACAAGAUCUAAUAGUACGCGGCGUGCUGAUUACAUCAACGGACAUGGCACUCCUUCCGCGGAAAUUUCAAUCGCCCGAAGCUGUCCUGGCACUUCCGAAGUGGAGGCUCCGAAUGGGGAUUCAACAAUACCACCAGAAAUACCUUCGGCUGGUUCAGAUCAUCAGCCGCUCAAAUCAGUUCUCACUAUGUGGGAAUUUGAGUUAAUUCAUCACUGGAUCAUCAAUGUCACCGAUACUUUUGCUGUCAGUCAUGGCUUUCGUCGUAACUGGCAGGACCAGGGGGUUCGAGAAGCCAUGCGAUAUCCAUUCAUACUACAUAUGGUUCUCAUCCUGUCAGCCCUCCAUCUAGGAAUUACUAAGUCCUCAUCAUUCAGUGAGACUCACUACGCCUUCAUAUUAAGCGGAUGCUCGGAUGCAAUGGCAUCGUUUCGAAAAGAAGCUGAGUACAUCGGCGAUGCGAAUUGUCACGCAGUUGGAAAGUUUCCAUUUCUUUUGUCUAUUUACGCUCUUGGACUUCCGUUACUACAGGGAGGAGAUAAAAAUGAAGAUGCGGUGCUAGACGAAAUGAUUCAUAUCAUGGUUUUAAUAAAGGGAAACGGCACUAUCCAUGAAACUACCAAGCCUUGGAGAAAAGCACGAAAUCUCAAAUCAUGGCUUGAAGACAGUGAUAUUUUCGAUGAUUCAGAGCGCCUUUCAGAGGAACACGAUCUGGACUUUGCCGUCGCAGAGCUGCAGCAUUGUAUCGACCUCUCCGAUGAUUCGCCGGUUGUUCGUGGUAUCAACACUACUGCCCUUCGGUCCUUUCAAGAGAGCCUUGGUUUUCGUCUGAGGAGACAUUUGAGACCAUUGGCAUGGCCAAAUAUUGUCCAUACUGAUUAUAUUGAUCUGCUACGACAGAGAAAUGCCGCGUCACUGGCCAUUUUGGCCCAUUAUGCUGUAAUACUAGGGCAAUGCAACUCGCGAUGGUGGUGUUUGGACUGGGGCGUGCAACUCACCUCUGCCAUAGCGCGACUCAUGCCUGAAAGACAUGUCGCCGCAAUUCUCUAUCCCCUUCAGAAGUUACACAUAAGAUGA